AUGCACGCCCUCUCUGUCCCAUUCACUCCCACUCUGCCCGUCUCACGCCCUCUCUGCCCCAUUCACUCCCUCUCUGCCCCAUUCACUCCUUCGCUGCCCCAUUCACUUCCUCUCUGCCCCAUUCACUUCCUCUCUGCCCCAUUCACUCCCUCGUUGCCCCAUUCACUCCCUCUCUGCCCCAUUCAGUCCCUCUCUGACCCAUUCCCUCCUCCUUUGCCCCGUGCACUCACGCUCUGCCCCAUUCACUCCCUCGUUGCCCCAUUCACUCCCUCUCUGCCCCAUCAGUCCCUCUCUGACCCAUUCCCUCCUCCUUUGCCCCAUGCACUCACGCUCUGCCCCAUUCACUCCCUCUCUACCCCAUUCACUCACGCUCUGCCCCAUUCACUCCCUCUCUACCCCAUUCACUCACGCUCUGCCCCAUUCACUCCCUCUCUGCCCCAUUCAUUCAGAUGA